AUGUGGUCCUCCACGCACACAGACCACGGACAGAACCAGGAUAUCAACCUGUUCGUCCAUGGUACACUUAGCCUCUGGGGGGUUGUCUUAGUCUUCCACGCCGGCGCACCUACUCUCAAGGAUACUGACAUUCUGGAAUUAGUGGGAAUUGCGAAUAACACGACACUGCAUGUCCGAGCAUGUGUACUGGGUGGUAUGCCCAUAGAGCAACACCGAGGGAAUGCUGCACAAGGAAGGAAUGCACGCACCUCGUUCAAUAAGCAGAUGGGUGAAUUCUCUUCCAACUAUUCUGAGACUCGCUAUCUCGAUCAGCACGAAGGAACAAAUGCACACAAUAAACACCUGCAGUUCUGGCGUGUUGACUCCGAUCUGUCCAACAGCAACACAGAUGAACCCCGGCGGUGUUUGCAAGAGGGCGAGUACCUCCGCGGGAACUUGGGCCGAAUCCUCGCGAAUUUAGGGGGUCGGAAGUCAUCACCGGACAUCUUGCAAAACAUUCCAUCAGAUUUCAAUAACCGGCCAAUCGAGAUGGAUUGGAGCAGAGCCAAUCUCAGUGACUACCACCAGGAUUCCUUCCAGGCUUCAAAUGCCAUUAACACGCUUGCGGCUGACCUUCAGCAGUAUAUACUCCAUAGUGAAGCUGUUGACGCGGAUUCAGACAAUGAGGAAGCUGAGCUUGAUGAGGCUGCACUUGAAGAACACACUUGUGUUGAUCAAACCGAUGAGGAUCCAAAUGCCAUCUUCGACUGUCUACAGCAACUAUGUGGCAUCCAGAGCCUGCGCUACCAAGGAGCGUUAGGGAAUCUUUUCUAUGUCAAUGACUUUGCUGCAAUUGUAGCCCAGGAGAUGGCAAACCCUUGUGUGCGCCUGCACCUCCAUUUCUUGCCAGAGGAUGCUGGUUCAAGGCUCGCCGAAGCAUGGCAAGGCCACCAAUGGCUCCAUGAGCUUGACUCUGAGCUUACAACGCCAAUGGUCCGAUUGGAGGGGCAGGACUACUAUAUAUUUGAGCCUGCACUGCUACGAGACAGUCAAGCGUGUGUACCAUACCGAUGGUUCAUUCACGAGGAUCAUAUAUGGGCACGCACGUGGACUAUGACAACGACAGGGACCAGUUCUGGUCACCAGCAAUGGGUCGUACUUGAGCACUUGGAAGUUGAGAUCCCAAUCACCUCCUUCAGUAUGGCAUUCCCUCAUUUCCAGCGGUCAUUCUUGCGACUGAAAGUUCCGAGUCCUCAGAGUAUACUUGGUAUAGUGAUGCUCUCUUCCAUAGGGGUCAAUGCACUGAUUCGCUUAACAAUGACCAGGGAUUGCCAGAAAAGCGGCAUAUGGGCAUGGGAUUGCAUUCUCCAGGAGGCUGUGCUAGUGAUCCCCUCAGUCUUGGCUAUGCUCGGGGAUAAUCCCAUGCAAAGUGAGAUGGCAUGUCACAUCGGCCUCCAGGGCAAGAGGUUCUGCCAUGCUUGUUGGGUUGCUAGAGAUGAACAUGAUGACAUUGACGAGGAUCAGGAACUUGAAGGCCAAUGGCAAGCAAAUAGCAAUGCUUCUUCAGUCGAGUCUGGUCCUCACACUGGAGCUGAGGCAAGUGUCUCCCAACCACCCAAACAAAAGCGGGCUCGCAAAAACAAGGAGUCCAUGCCAGACAUGAUCUCUCAUAUCACGCACUUCAUGAAUGACAUGGAGCAUUGUUUAUCACCAGUGUGGCGCAUCAAAGACUUGAAUCCCUACGCCAAUACCCCCGUUGAAAUCCUGCAUGUUAUCCUGAUUGGUUUUGUUAAGUACUUUUGGCUUGAUGCGGUCGCUCGGAUAGCUGCAGACAAGAAACCAAUAUUGAUGGCCCGGCUGUCUAGUUUUGACACAUCAGGCCUCAACAUUCCGCCUCUCGCAGGCUACACCUUGGUCAAGUAUGCUGGAUCUUUGACUGGCCAAGACUUCCGUGCCAUCGCACAGGCGGCACCUUUUGUGCUUCACAACUUGGGCCUCACUGACGAUCAGCUGCAUGCCUGGGUUGCUUUGAGUGCACUCAUAUCACUGGUGUGGCAGCCCAACAUUCUAGAUAUCAACCAUUACCUAUUUGGGCCCCCUAUGCUCUUUGCAACAGAAGGAUUUGAAUCGUUUAAUGCGAUCAUCCGAGCGCACAGCAUCCACAGCAACUGUUAUGCUCCAUCCCGAGACAUUGCCAAAUUGAUGUUGCCUUGGCUGGCAACACAGCAACCUUCCAAGAGGACCCAUUGGAUUACCAUUGGUCCACAGCCCAGAGAACUUGUGGAUGUCAAUGAUUUUGGGUUGGUUCAAAAGGCCGGCAAGCCACUUGUGUGGAUGCAAACAGUCACAUCAGAACUAGGGCUUGCCAUACCCCCAGGUAUAUCAUCCACGGGUGUGCGGAGCCCAAUGCGUGUCAUGGCAGCAAAUGGUGAUUGGUGUGACCGGAAUGCAUGGGUUCUUAUAUCGCCUGAGAGUGGAGUAGAUGCAAGGCCCCAGUUAGGACUUGUGAAAGAGGUAUUACAGGGUGUUGCUUCUGGUGCAGAGAGCCGAGGCAUGGCCAACUGGAUUGUCAUCCAACGGGCAACAGUUGGCACACCCCAUGACUUGUACCACAUGCCACAAGUCUCACUCCUUGCCAAUUACACAGUCGUGUGCGCAGAGGCCAUUCAAGGGACGGUCAAUGUACUGCACAACUGUCGUGAUAUGUCGUGCACAGUUAUAAAAACUCGACCUGUAUAUCAAGAACGCAAACAAUCCAAACAGCAUACUGACGAGGUUAUUCACUCCUUGCAAGGGUGCUACAUAUUGAAUACCUGUCAGAUGCGUAACCAAUCUUUACUCAAAACCUUCUGCCCUCCGACAAAGAUAUUGGAUCAUGCCCAGGUGGUCUUCAUGGCUGUGAGAAAGGAGAUAGACAUGAUCAAGGCUCAUGCCAACAUCUGGAAAAACACCCCCUUGUAUUAG